AUGCCAAACAGUGUAAUUUAUGAAACUGAUAAUGAUAGAAUGAGAAAACAUUUGAAAUUAAUUUUUGAAAAUAAUCGGUUGAAUCCUUUCCCCUCAGUGAGAUCGUCAAUUAUUAGAAAUUCAAUUGUAGAGGAUGAUUGGAAUUGUCUUUUAAUAAAUCGAGCUGAAGAACUUCAAACUGCUGGAUUAAACCCUUCAUAUUUUUAUAACAGUUUUAUAAAUAAUAAUGCAAAUAGAGUUAUAUCAACACAACAAUUAGAAAUUAAACGUUCUUUGAAUGACGCAAGUGAAAAGAAAAGAAUUGGUGCAACUAAUAAUAAUGUAAAUAAAGUUUCACCACGUAAAUAUUUAGAAAUGAAGCAUUUCCUAAGUGAAGAAAAUGAUAAGAAAAUACUUUGUGCAAGAAAAUAUGAUGUGCAGAAAAUAAUUAUAGAAGAGCAUAAUAGACUGACAAAAGAUAAUCCAUUCGCCAGCAUAGGAGCAAAAUUAGAAAUUCCUAAAGGAAAUGGGCCUUAUAUUUAUCGUGUACAUGGACAAGUGUAUCAUAAUACAUAUGCCCUUCAUCCCGAUGGUGAUGACAAUCGAAAAUAUGGUCAGUUGUACAUUAUUGACACUAAUGAAGCAGUACUUGAACGAUUAAAGAAUAAAUCUAAUAAGAAAUGUUUAUCAUCAUUAAUGGAAGAAAUAGACAAAUUAUUAAGGGAAAUUAAUCCUUAUGCUAAAGCUUUUAAAAUGAUGAGAGAGGUAGAAUUAGAAGAAGAAGCACUAGCAAAAUCUAAAAAUGAGCCUAUAAGGAAUAUUCAAAUGUGGAUUAAACGAGAUAGAUCAUUGAAUCAAAGCAAAUUUAAUGUUCCAUCUUGUAGUGAAGUAGCACUUGUAUUUGUUAGCGAAGAUGGUGAACCUCCUAUGGAACGAAAAUUAACUCAACAAUAUGUAGUUGAUGUCUGGUCGAAAGUAGAAGGUGAACGUUUAAAAUACAUUCGUUUACAACAAAAAAAACUUCGAGCGGAAUUGUAUUGUGGAUUAAUGGAUUAUGUUCGUAAUAAAGCAAAAAAUGAAAAUGUUCGACUUGGAAAAAUGAUUGUUUUACCUUCGACAUUUAUUGGAGGGCCACGUUGUUAUCAACAAUGUUUUAUGGAUGCUAUGCGAUUAGUUCAAGAAUUUGGAAAACCAAAUUUAUUUAUUACCAUGACAUGUAAUCCAAAGUGGCGUGAGAUUACAGAAAAUUUGUUGGAUAUUGAAAUUGCAUCUGAUCGUCCGGAUAUUGUGACUAGAGUUUUUCAACAAAAAGUGAAAGAGAUAAUGAAAGAUAUAAAAGAAAAAGAAAUUUUUGGACCAAUUCUUGCUUUUGUUUAUGUCAUAGAAUUUCAAAAGCGUGGAUUGCCACAUGUGCAUUUAAUUAUAUUUUUACGUAAUCCAAUUCGCGAUGCAGAAACUUUACAUAAAAUGAUAUGUGCUGAAAUUCCAGAUGAAACAAAGAAUCCAGAACUUUUUAAGAUUGUAAAGCAAUUUCAAGUUCAUGGGCCUUGUAGAAAAGAAAAUAUGAAUUCACCUUGCAUGGACCCUGAGAAGAAAGUUUGUACAAAAAACUAUCCAAAGCCGUUUUGUUCUGAAACAACUUAUGGUUCUAAGAAUUAUCCGGAACUCAGGCGAAGAAAUGAUGGUUAUAAGGAUGAUAAUGAGGAAAUGAAAUAUGAUGAAAUUGUUAAUUAUUUAAACACACGUUAUGUAUGUCCACCAGAAGCUAUGCACAGAUUAUUCGAAUUCAAUAUGCAUGAACAAUCACAUACAACUUAUAGAUUAGCUGUACAUUUACCAAAUCAGCAAUUAAUAUGUUUUAAAGAAGGAUUAGAAGAAGAAGCAGUUAAUAAAUUUAAAAAUACGACAUUAACAGCAUGGUUCAAAUUAAAUCGAGAAAAUCCUGAAGCACGCAAGUAUUUGUACACAGAAAUACCACAUAAGUAUGUUUUCGUUGAAUCAUCAAAAACUUGGAAAAUAAGGGAACGAAUUACCAAACCUAUAAUUUGCCGCAUGUAUUUUGUAAGUCCGAAAGAUGUUGAAAGAUAUUUUUUGAGAGUCUUACUACUUUAUGUACGUGGUGCUAAAUCAUUUGAAGAUGUAAGAACAUAUGAAGGUAUUACAUACAAUACUUUUGUAGAAGCAGUGCGUGCACGAAAUUUGAUAGUAGAUGAUAGUGAAUGGGAUAAUUGUUUGGCUGAAGCUGUAAGCAUGAAAUUUCCUAAAGAACUUUGUCGUCUAUUUGCAUAUAUAUGUGUGUUUGGAUUGCCUGUGAAUGCAAUUGAUUUAUGGAAUAAGUACAAAGAACACAUGGUUUUUGAUAAUAAUGUACCUGUAGAAGUAGCAACUCAAAAAGCGUUAAUAUUAAUUAAUGAAGUGCUUAAUUUUCAUGGAUUUUCUCUAAAUAAAUUUGGUUUACCAAAUAUUGAUCAAAAAAUUAUCGACGAUUAUAUUUCUGUCGACAAGAAAGCUAAUGAACUAUCAUUAAAAUUGCUCAAAGAAGAAAGUGAAGUACUUAUUAAAAGUUUGAACAAUGAUCAGCGCAAAAUUUUUGAUGAUGUCAUGGCAGCAAUACAUAAUGAUGAUUGCAAAAAUAGGUACUUUUUUGUUUCUGCACCUGGUGGUUGUGGUAAAAGUUAUUUAGAAAAUACAAUUAUUGCUACUCUUGAAAGUCAAGAAUUAGUAGUUUUAGCAGUUGCUUGGACUGGUAUAGCAGCUAAUCUUUUAAGAGGUGGACGAACCUCACAUUCAGUUUUUAAAUUUCCUAUUCCAAUCAAUGAAGAUUCAACAUGUAAUAUAAGUAGAAUGUCAAAACACGCUGAACUUUUAAAAAAUGCCAAAAUUAUAAUUUGGGAUGAAAUUACGAUGGCACCUAAAUUUGCUUUACAAGCUAUGGAGACUAUGUUGCGAGAUAUAACACAAUGUAAUAAACCAUUCGGCGGUAAAGUUAUUUUGCUUUCAGGAGAUUUUAGACAAACUUUGCCAAUUAUUUCGCAUGGCAGUCGCACUCACAUUGUUGAGGUAUGUGUGAAAAAUAGUAGAUUGUGGGAUCUUUUUGAAACUAGGUCCUUACAUGUUAAUGUUAGAUUGGAUAAUAAAGAGGAAGAGUUUUCAAAUUGGUUAUUAAAUGUUGGUGACGGUAAAACUCAUUCUAUGUUUGAAAAAGAGAACGGUGUUUUAGAAAUUCCACAGGAUUUGAUUUCUGGCGGAAAUUUAAUAGAUGAAAUAUAUGGAUUGUCAAUAAAUCAAAAUGAUGUAUCUGUUUACUCAUCAUGCAUACUUUCAUUGACUAAUUCUGAAGUGUUAGAUCUAAAUGAACGUAUUUUGUUAAAAUUAGAAGGACAAGAAGUAGUUUAUUAUAGUGUUGAUUCACAUGUCGAUGACGACCCAAAAGAUGUAAAUAAUAUUAUUCCAAUAGAAUUUUUAAAUAGUUUGACACCAGAUGGUUUACCUCCUCAUAAAUUAUCUUUAAAGGUAGGAUGUAUAAUUAUGCUUUUGAGAAAUAUGAAUUUAGUUCAAGGAUUAUGUAAUGGGACUCGAUUAGUUGUAAAAUCAUUAUUGAGAAACGUAAUUUCUGCAGAAAUAAUUUCUGGAAAAUCUAAAGGUGAAAUAGUUUUUAUUCCACGUAUUGAUUUAUCUCCUUCUCAAGACACAUAUCCUUUCAAAAUGGUAAGAAGACAAUUUCCUGUUAGACUUGCUUAUGCCAUGACUAUUAAUAAAUCUCAAGGACAAUCUUUUGAUAGAGUAGGAAUUUAUUUACCAAUUUCAACAUUUGGUCAUGGUCAAAUUUAUGUUGGUUGUUCUAGAGUUAAAUCCAAGGAACAUCUAAAAAUUCAUGCUAUUGAUUCUGCUAUAUAUAAAAAUAUAGAAUUUCCUGAAAAGUUAUAUGUGAAGAAUAUUGUAUAUCAUGAAAUAUUGUAA